CCAUGGCCAAGCCGGGACACUCCUGGAGCCGUGCACCAGCGGGGAAGGAGGAGGAUGAGGAGGGUGAGGACCCCCUGGAUGCCAGGAUCGCCCGGACGGGCUGCCUGGAGCAGCACCGGGAGCUGCAGGAGUGCAUGGAACAGCACCGGGAUUGGCGGCACUGCCAGACACAGCUCCGGGCAUUCGGAGCCUGCAUGGCCCGGCGGGACCAGCGGGAACAGGGACAGAGCCGGGCACACCCUGCACAGUGACACCACUCGGGACCCCCAGGAAUGGGGGAGCUGUGCCUUUCACCCCCCUUUUUUUGCGUGAUUUUUUUUUUUUUUACCCAAGUGCCAGGAAAUCCACGUGGGAAAUUAAAUCUGGGAAUUUAAUCGUC